UUUGUUAUGGAGUUUAUUAGAAUUAUGCCUUCCCAAAAUCCUUUUUUACAAUCGUAUUGUAAAAUGCCCUCAAAGGGCCAACCCUCUGAACUUCACUCAAAAAUGUCCAAGACAUUAUCUUGUAAAAUAGGUCCAUCUAUUUUGAAUGCUGAUUUAUCACAGUUAUAUAAUGAAUCUCAAAAGUUGAUAGAUAGUGGAGCAGAUUAUUUACAUUUGGAUGUUAUGGAUGGAACUUUUGUACCUAAUUUGACUUUUGGACACCCAGUUGUUAAAUGUUUAAGAACUAAAUUGCCCAAUACUGUAUUGGAAACACACAUGAUGGUUCAAAAUCCAAUUCAAUGGAUUUCUGCUAUGGCUGAUGCCAAUGUAGAUCAGUACACAUUUCACAUUGAGCCAUGUGAUGAUGUUCCUUUGGUAUGCCGUAAAAUUAAAGAAGCUGGCAUGAAAGUAGGCUUAGCAAUAAAACCUGGCACUCCUGUUACAUCUGUUGAAGAAUAUAUAGAUAUGGCUGAUAUGAUUUUGGUGAUGACGGUUGAACCUGGAUUUGGUGGUCAGAAAUUUAUGACUGAUAUGAUGCCAAAAAUAGAAAUGUUAAGAGAAAAAUAUCCCUCAAUGGAUAUUGAAGUUGAUGGAGGUAUUGGUCCAAAUAACAUUGAUGUUUGUGCUAAGGCUGGAGCAAACAUGAUUGUAUCUGGAACCGCAGUGAUCUUAGCUGAAAAUCCACCUAAAGUUAUUAAACUUCUUAAAGAUGCUGUUAAUAAACAUUUAAAUAAAAAAUAAAAUUGUCAAUUUUAUUUUUUAAUAAAGUUUUUUGUUGUCAAU